CCCGAUGGCGACGAAGGCGAGGAAACUCCAUGCGACGGACGACCCGCGCCGGGCCGCCAUGCGCAUGACGGCCGACGAAGAUGAGCUCGUGAACCCUUCCGAGGACGAGUACGAGGACGAGGGCGAUGAGAACGAGGACGGGAACAGCGCGGUCGCGAUAAGCCCGAGCCCGAGCCAAGCCGAGCCGGCAACCGCCUCCGAGAUGGGCAUCAUCGAGGAGAUCUACUGCGAGAACUUCAUGUGCCAUCGCCGUAUGUGCAUCCGUCUCUGCCGCAACAUCAACUUCAUCACGGGCGAGAACGGCAGCGGGAAGAGUGCGAUCAUUGCCGCGCUGCAGAUCUGCCUCGGUGCGUCGGCCCGCGCGACCCAUCGCGGCAAGAGCAUCAAGAACCUCAUCCGCAACGGCCACGAUGGCAAUGCAAUCGUGCGCAUCACACUCCUCAACGACGGCACGGACGCGUUCCGCCCCGAGUCGUUUGGGAAGCGCAUCAUGGUCGAGCGCCUCAUCCGUCGCGAUGGCACGGCCGAGUACCGCCUCAAGAACGAGCAUGGCAAGGUCGUCUCGAAGCUCAAGGCGGACCUCGACGCGAUGCUCGACCAUCUCAACAUCCAGAUUGAGAACCCCUGCGCCGUGCUUGACCAAGAGAAUGCCAAGCUCUUCCUCAAAGGCGACCCGACCGACAAGUACAAGUUCUUCUUGCAAUCGACGGAUCUCUACAAGAUGCGCGCCACGUUUGCCAAAGUCGAAGACGAAACGCGCCUGCGGCAGGAGGCGACGCUUGUCCAGGAAGAGCGCAAGCUCAAGACGCUCCUCAAGGCCAAGGAGGAGGCCGAGCGCCUCUACGAAGAAGCCAAGAGCAUUGGCCACUUGAAGGAGGAGCUCGUCGGCCUCAAGCAGUCGCUGGCCUGGUCCUUUGUCAACGCCCAGGAACUCUCGCUCCAAGACGUCCAAGCACAGCUCGACCAAGUCAUGCACUUGCAGCAAGUCGCUGCCGAGAAGGUGCUGCGACGACAACAAGUGGUCGACGCGCGCUCGGCCGAGCAGUCGGCAAAGAACAACGCGCUCCAGGAGGUCGAUGCGCAGAAGGAAGUCUUUCAGCGCCAACAACAAGCGCUCCAGCAAGAGAUCCGCGAGCUGCGGCUGCCCGUCCAGAAGAAGCAUGCGGCCAAGAACGCGAUGGAGCACCAGAUUCGACAGGCGCAAGCACGCUUGAAGCGCAUCGAGCACGAGAAGGAGCAGCGCCGUGCCAAGUACCAACUGUACCUCCGGUCACUUGAGAAGCAGCAAGCGCAGCAAGCCGAAGGCAUCCAGCGCGCCCAGGAACACCUUCAUCGUGUGCAAGCCAAGAAGCGGGAGAUCGAGUCCAAGCCGAUGGAAGAAUUUGCAGCCGAGCUUGACGACGUCGAAGGCCAGUACGUGGCGUGCAGCCAGCAAAAGCGCGAGGCGAGCGGCGAGGUUGAGCGUCUGACCUCGCGCCUACGCGCGCUCGAGUCGCAGAGUCAAAACAAGCUGGUCGCGUUUGGCAACCAGAUUCCCAGACUCCAGCAAGCGAUCCAAGACAAUCUGCACAAGUUCUCGGCGCCGCCGAUUGGGCCGCUUGGCAUGUACUUUAGCCUCAAGCCCGAGCAUCAGCAAUAUGCGGUUGCAGCCGAGGUCGUGCUCAAGAACGUGAUUGGCAGCUAUCUUCUCGCGAACGGCCGGGACAAGAACGUCUUGGACAAUCUCAAGCGGCAGAUGAACGUUCCGCCGAGCCAAGCGAAUAUUUUGAUCGCAAAGCGCACCGGCCGGCGGUACGACAAUGUGCACGUUCCCCGUGGCCCUCUGGGCGAUCAUGCAGUGAUCUCACUCUUGGACAUUGACAACCCGGACGUGUAUAAUGUGCUCGUGGAUGUGGCCAAGAUCGAGUCCAAGUACGUGUACCCGACGCGCAAAGAGGCCGAAGACGCGACGAUGGAGGGGCCGUCCGGGCGACAGCGCUUUGUGCAGGGCGUCUCGGAGGUCUACAUGCCCAGUGGCGACAAGCUUCUCGUGCGCAACGGCAACGUGGCUUACAUUGCUAACAAGGGGCAACGUCACGCACGUAUCUUGUCGCAAGACAAUGCGGGCGAGAUCAACGACAUCAACCACCGUCUCGAGCGCCAGAAGCACGAGCUCCAAGCCCUCUCGCGCGACGAGCGUACACAUGCAUCCAUCGUCUGA